AUGAGCCGUCUUGAAAUAGGCCUCAUCGUGGGAGUCAGUGCUCUAUUCAUCACCUUGAUCUUUUUCAUCUUUCUUAUCCGAGCCCUGGACCAACGCCGUCGCAAAAAGCUGCUGAGGAGAAUGGCCGAGGAUGCCAGAAACCGUACUCCCGAAGAGGAGAUUUUGCGCCGCCGGCUGGCAUGGCUUCAAGUUGAGCGUAUCAUGCAAAGCCUGCGCUGCGUAUGGGUGGAUAAAGACAACAACCCAGCCGAUCCACCCCCCGAAGUCGUUGAAUUUGACCGGCGCAAGGGCCGUAUCCCGUAA